CAAGCAACCUCCAAAUCCUCCUCAACCCUCUCGCCGCUGGCGCACGUCCCUCGCUCCGAAGGUCUGGCGACGAGCAGGGCGACGAGGAGGACGACGAGAGAUGGGCAGCUGCGAGCCAGCUGUAGCUGUGCAGCGUCGAUGAUGCCUCCCUGACCUAAGACGGGAGACGACGGCAGGGUCUCCAGGGGCGAGACGACAUCAUCAAGACGAACCCUGAGGCAAUUGCUUACCACGGCCACCGCGGGGGCUCGAGCCAGCGGAACCCUUUAAGAGAAGAUGCGCCGAUGUCCGAGGAUACCUUCUACCUUUCUUCCAUAACUUCUUCGUCAUCACCCCAGCGGUCUAUUCGUCACCUUUCAUAACUGCACCUACCGUCACCUUCCUUUUCUCUCCAUCACACCUCUCGCAUCUCAUCCCACUAUGUCGUGCUGUGAGACGCCUUCCUCGGACAUGGCCGCCCAGGUCACCGAGAUUCCCCAGUCCAAGAAUGCCGUUGGCCCCGGCUACGCUGUCAAGGGCUCCGAGGAGAUCCGCUACAGCUACUCCUUCGUCGACAAUGUCUUUGACGCUCAGAAGGAGGACCUCGCCGAGUUCUACAAGAAGUGGGGCCGAGUCCUCAUCGUCAUCGACGACAUUGUCCACGGCAUCUACGGCGACGCAAUUGAGCAGUACUUUGCCGCGUACAAGAUCCCCGUCACGUUCCACAUCUUCAAGGGCGGUGAGCUCAACAAGAACAUGGACACAUUCGAGGGCAUGGUUGAUGCCUUUGACCAGUUUGGUCUGAUCCGCAAGGAGCCCGUCCUUGUUGUCGGUGGCGGUCUCGCCUCCGAUGUGUGCGGUUACGCUUGCGCCUCUUACCGCCGCAACACGAACUGGAUUCGUGUCGGUACCACCCUCAUCGCUCUCAUUGACGCCGCCAUUUCGAUCAAGGUCGGAAUCAACCACGGCAAGCUCAAGAACCGCUUGGGCGCCUACCACGCACCUAUGCACACUUUCCUCGACUUCGACUUCCUUCGCACCCUCCCAGAGGGCCAGAUCCGUAACGGCUUCGCAGAGAUUGUCAAGAUCUCGCACGUCGCCGACAAGACUACGUGGGACCUCCUCGUCAAGUACGGCCCUGACCUCGUCAAGACCGGCUUCGGCCGCAAGGAGAAGGAUGCUGCGUACUCCCAGGAGCUCAAGGAGGCGGCUGACGUGAUUUGCCGCCGCGCAAUCAAGGUCAUGCUGGACCUUGAGUCGCCCAACCUCCACGAGAUUGGUCUCGACCGUGUCAUUGCUUCUGGACACGCCAUUUCCCCGACCCUCGAGCUUGCGCCCUUCCCUCCUCUCCGCCACGGUCACGCCAUCACCGUCGACAUGGCCUUCUGCGUCACCCUUGCCCACUCGCGCGGCGAUAUCAGCGAUGCCGAGCGCGACGAGUGGUUCGACACGAUCAUCGGUGUCGGCCUCACGGUCGACCACGAGCUCUUCGACUACGACAUGCUCCAGCGCGGAAUGGCCGCCAUUCUCAAGACGCGUGACGGCCUGCAGCGUCUCGUCCUGCCCAAGCCCAUCGGCAAGUGCUACUUUGCCAACGACGUCUCGGACGACGAGUUUGUCAAAGUCCUCAAGACGCACAAGGACUACGUGCUGCAGCGCUUCCCGGCCACCAAGGGCGGCAACGGCGUCGACGCCUACGCUGAUGCGGGAGACCUCGGUGCUGACCCGGAAGUGCUCAAGCAGAAGCAGGAGGAGUCGUUGCGCGAGACUGGUAUCGGGCGCGCAAAGAAGGCUCAGGCCAAUGGGACCGCAAAUGGAUCCGCAAAGGCACCGCUCAAGUCGACGCCUAACGGCAUGCCCGCCGUGGGCAACGCUGCGGUCAGCGCUUCGGCGUAGGCGUGGGUUGAAUAGCAAAUGAAGAACAAACUGUAGAAUUAUGAAGCAUCAAAGAGACGUGCCUGCCUGUUUUGUGAAGGGAGGAGGAGGAAUGAGCAGAGCG